CUGGUGAAGAACAGACUGUGUUGUUCAUUCAUGUUCCAAUACACACGAUUUUAGGAUUUCAGACGUAUCUUGUACAAUAACAAGCCUCCAAUGUCGUCGGACGCCCUGAAGAAGCGAAAGUCGAAGGUGCUCCGCACUGAAGGAGGAACCCCAGAGAUAAAGCGAGGCCGAGGAGACGGAGACCAGCAGGAUGUGCGUGUAUACAGUGAGGAGGUGGAGCUUGACGGCAGGGAUCCUGAGCAGGACUACCUGCAGUACAAAGAAUCCUGUGAAAGUCUGGCUAGCCUCAUGGGUGAGAUCCAGGAACUAAAAGCCAACGGAGCCAAAGAGGGGUGUGCUGAGGUCGAACGGAGACGCAUGCAGGGCUGCAUUCACUUCAUGAAUCUGAAAAAACUCAACCGUCUGGCUCAUAUGCGACUUAAGAGAGGCAGAGACCAAACACAUGAGGCAAAGCAGAGAGUGGAUGUGCUGCACCUUCAGUUGCAGAAUCUUCUGUAUGAAGUUAUGCAUCUUCAGAAGGAGAUCAGCAAAUGUCUGGAGUUCAAGUCUAAGCAUGAGGAGAUAGACCUCGUCAGUGAGGAGGAGUUUUACCAGGAGGCACCGCAGGAGAUUUCCAGGCCCCACCUUACAAAGAAUGAUCCCCACCAGCUCACACUGGCACGACUGGACUGGGAGCUUGAACAGAGGAAGAGGUUGGCAGAGAAAUACAAGGAGUCUCAAUCCACAAAGGAGAAGAUCCAGAAGAGUAUUGAGGUGAAGAAGGAACAUCUGAGAAGCUUACAGCCUGGACUGAAUGCCAUAAUGCAGGCCUCUCUACCAGUGCAGGAGUACCUGUCCAUGCCUUUUGAGCAGACUCAGAAACAGACAGAUAUCGCCCGACACCUGCCCCCUCCCCUCUAUGUCCUGUUUGUUCAAGCCAAUGCCUACGGUCAGGCCUGUGACAAGAACUUGAAUGUGUCAAUCAGCGGUGAUGUUGAUGAGGCCAAGGCUCUGUCAAAACCUCCAGAAGAUUCCCAGGAUGAUGAGAGUGACUCAGAUGCAGAGGAGGAGCAAGAGAAAACGAAGAGGAGGAGGCCGACUACAGGCGGCCAGCUGGACGACAAAAGACGAGAGAUGCUGAAAAGGCACCCACUGUCCCUGUGCUUGGACCUCAAGUGUAAAGAUGGCAGCGUCCUCCAUCUCUCCUUCUACUAUCUGAUGAAUCUGAACAUUAUGACGGUCAAGACCAAGGUCUCCACAUCCAUCGACCUUAGCACAGCCAUCAGUGCAGGGGACCUGCUGAAAGCAGAUACUCUCCUUAGCUGUCUCUUCACCAGCGACCAGGGAAGAGAAACACCCAAUCCAGCUAACCGCUAUCAGUUUGAUAAAGUCGGGAUUGUUUCUUUUGCUGAUUAUGUGGAGGAGCUGGGCCAUCCCUACAUGUGGGUUCAGAGUCUUGGUGGACUACAUUUUCCAAGUGAUGCUUCAGAGGGUGUGCGUGUGGGCAGUUCUCUGAGUGCUAGCCACAUGGAGAGCACCAUUAAGCUGCUGAGGGGUCGACUGCAGUCCCGCUUGGCCUUGCAUAAACAGUUUGCCUCUUUAGAGCACAGCAUCAUCCCUGUCUCCAGCGAGUGUCAGCAUCUAUUUCCAGCCAAGAUCAUCUCCCGUUUAGCUCGCUGGACCACCAUCACACAACAGGAGUACAUGGAUCUGCCAUUUGUACGUCAUGUGACUGAUGCUGGUCUGGCAAAGGAGACCGAUCUGUACUUCAUGGCUGUGGUGGAGAGAGGCACAGCUCGUCUCCAGGCUGCGGUGGUGCUGAGUCCCCGUUACCCAGAAAUGUCUCCUCUUUUCUCCCUCUCUCUUAGCUGGAAGGGAGAGCGCAGUGGACGCACUGACGACAACCUUCGAGCCAUGGAGAGCGAGGUGAACGUGUUCAAAAAUGAACUGCAGGGCCCCCGUCCAGGACAUCAGCUCCUGACCAAUCAAAUUUCACGCCUGUGUGUCUGCCUGGAUGUGUAUUUGGAGACUGAGGGACAGGAUGACAGCGUGGAGGGACCACGGGAGUUUCCCCGUGAAAAGAUGUGCCUGCGCACUGUCAGGGGUCCAAAUCGUCUGAAGCCAUUCAAGUACAACCAUCCGCAGGGCUUUUUCAGUCAUCGUUAAACCUGUCCAUAUGAUUCCCCCUAGUAUGUUUUAAAACUCCUUAUCCUUCAAGCUUAGCUUUGUGACUCUUUAAACACAAUGCAUACCUUUUUAAAGUCUUUCUACCAGUUUGAAAAUAAACACCUUGUU